AUGAGUCGAGCGCUGUGCAAGGCCUUCGCCGUCGCGCUGCUGGCCGGCGGCGCCAGCGCCUUCGCGCCGCCUCGCGCCGUCGCGCUGCUGGCCGGCGGCGCCGGCGCCUUCGCGCCGCCUCGCGCACGGACUCGACGACCAUGCCUGCGCCGCGCCGCACCUUUUGACGACGCGCUCGCGACGGUGCAGGCCUUGCCCAUCUUCGAGGUCAUGGACGACAUCCGCGCGAGCGUGGCGCGCGCGGGCGCCUACGUCUUUCUGGAGGCGCCGCCGGGCGCGGGCAAGACGACGACGGUGCCGCUCGCGGCGGCCGCGGAGCUCGACGAGGGCCUCGUGAUCGUCGUCGAGCCGCGGCGCGUCGCCGCGCGGGCCGCGGCGCGGCGCAUGGCGAAGUCGCUCGGCGAGGAGCCCGGCGGCCUCGUGGGCUACGCCAUGCGCGGCGACGCGAAGCGAUCGACACGGACGCGCGUCCUCGUGGUCACCGACGGCGUGCUGUUGGCCAUGUGCCGCGCGGACCCGUCGCUCGCGGAGGCGACGGCCGUGAUCUUCGACGAGUUCCACGAGCGCGGCGUCGACAGCGACGUCGCGCUGGCCCUGUGCCGCGAGGCGCAACGCGUGUUUCGGCCGGAGCUCCGACUCGUCGUGAUGUCGGCGACGCUGCUGGGCGACGGCGCCGUCGCCGCGGGCGCGGCGGUGAUCGCGAGCGCGGGCCGCGCGUUCCCCGUGGACGUGAGCUACGCGCCGCGGGGCGCGCCGCGGCUCGCGGCGCUCCUGAGCCGCCGCGGCGCGCUGGAAGACGCGGUCGUCGAGGCGACGACGGCGGCGCUCCGCGACGCGCCGGAGCGGGGCGACGUGCUGGUCUUCCUCCCGGGCGCCCGGGAAGUUAGGACUGUAGCGGCGGCGCUCCGCGACCGCCGCGGCGACGUGGACAUCUGCACGCUCUACGGCGCCAUGCCGUCCGAGGCCCAGGACGCGGUCGUCUUCGGGACGUCGCCGCGCCGCCGCGUCAUCGUGGCGAGCCCCAUCGCCGAGGCGUCGCUCACGCUGGCGGGCGUGACGGCCGUCGUCGACUCGGGGCUCCAGCGGGUCGCGACGAUCGACGAGGACACGGGGCUCCGGCGCCUGACGACGCGGGCGAUCUCGAAGGCGUCCGCGGCGCAGCGCGCGGGCCGGGCCGGACGCGUCGCGCCGGGCAUCUGUUCGCGUAUUUAUCCGGAGGGCGACUUCGCCAAGUUCGCGGACUUCGCCGAGCCCGAGAUCCGCUCCGCGGACCUGUCCCGCGUCGCGCUGCUCCUCGCAUCCUGGGGCUGCGCCACCGUCGACGAGAUGCUCGACCUGCCGUUCGUCGACGCGCCGCCGCGCGAGCGCCUCGACCGCGGGCUCGCGGCGCUGCGGUCGCUCGGCGCGGUGGUCGACGGCGCCGCGACGUUGACCCCCUUUGGG